AUGCCUGACGCUGUUUUAUCAAUCAUUCAUUACAAAGGACGCGUUUUUGCUGCUCUGGCCAAUGGUUCUAUUGCAAUUUUUCAUCGUAAUACAGGUGGUGGCUGGUCUGAAGCAGGUUAUCACUGCAUGACUGUUGGCCGUGCUACGAGCUCUGUUAGGUCUCUUUCCAUAGUGGGCAAAUAUAUUUGGGCCGCCUAUCGCAACUGCAUCAUCGUUAUCGAUCCCAAUGAUCUCACUGUCAAGAAGGUUUUUGCGGCGCAUCCACGACGGGAUAGUCAAGUGCGACAUAUGCAUUGGAUUGGUGACGGCGUCUGGAUCUCCAUUCGGCUUGAUUCAACGCUUCGUCUUUAUCAUGCUCGCACUUAUGCACACCUUCAGGAUAUCGACAUUGAACCAUAU